CGACAACAGAAAAGGUAGGUCGCUUAAAUUGACCUUGAAUCAACUGACAUUAGACAUCACUGGGUGGUAGGUGCUAAUAUAUAUAUGGAGAUGGGUAUACUGCUUUUCGAAGGACAUAUUCUCUUCGUUCAGAGCGAAAAAAGAAUACUACUCAAUAACAACCGCACACUGCCGACUAUCCAUUUUAUUUCUCUCAAGACGACAUUUCCCCUCCAUUUCCCCCAAGACUGAGUCGAAUUUCGUCAAUAUGGCGUCCAGCGGAGCCUUGCCUCAGACUCUGAAGUCCAUCACCGCCACCAAGAUCACCGAGUUAUCAAAACAGCGAGCCCUGUUCGAGACCCGUCGAGACGCAAUCCUCCAGGCCGUCUCCGAGGCGCCGGAUAAUCGUGCCAAAGCACAAGUUCUCCUCGAGGGUGUCUGUCGACUGAAAGGGUUCCCGUACGAUGCGUUUGAUGCUGACGAUAACGACGACGAGCUUGAUGGAACUGCCUACAAGAGGACCUUCGUCAGUAAUUGCACCGAGAGAGCCAGGCAUGCCAAUAUCCGGCGGUUUCUGAUCCAGGGACGAUACGACGCCUCUGUUUCGGACUCCAUGCUGAAGAAUUACAUCGACGAGCUAGAGCAGGAACUCAAAAAUAUUGACCUCAAGCAUCAGCAUGCCUCUUUCUACAGCGAGUUGGUUAAUGAAUGGCUGGGUGAGCUGAACGAGGCCUCGACAGCAGAGUCUAUAACGUCAAAUACCGAUCUCGUCUCUGUGGGCCGCGCAGAGAUGCAUGAGCAACGCGCGCAGUGGGAAGCCCUAGUGUUUGCCCCGUCAGAAGAAGUCCAGGCCGACUCGAUCAAUUGCUACCUCGAUGGGCUGUUCAAGACGAACUCCAUGUCCAAGCAAGCUCUCAAAGAUCUCAGAGAACGGAUCAGGAAUUUUGGGAUGGAGCUCAGCACAAAAUCCAAGGCCUUCACUGUUGAGUCUCUGGAAUUUGCCAGUAAUGCACUCCUGAAAUCCGACCUUCUCUCCAAGGAGAAAACCGGUAUCCUCAAGGAGUUCAUGCGCAACAAGGAAGUCAUCCAGGAGGUGGCAGAUGUGUUGAACAUGCGGCUAGCUUCCCUAGGCGACUGGCGCUGGGAUCCCCAGGGAGUGCCCUUGGAGAUGCGUCGCCAGCUCAAUGGGAAGUAUCGGGUGUUCAUGGAUGAGGACCUGCUGGACGCGCUAAUGUUCCAGUACCUGGGCACCUAUUGGUCUGUGGAAUUCCGCGAUGCAUUCGUUGCCUUUAUGAACACCAAGGCCUGGAAAUUCCUGCACGAUGAGAUCCCGAAACGGCAACGGGACCGCCGCAAGUAUUUCCUGGGCGAUUCAAAUAAUCACGAUGCGGCCGUUAGCGUGAACGACCUGCGGAGAGAAACAUUCAAGGCCGAUUAUUUCAUGACGUUACUCCCAUCCUCGGUGGAGGAAGGCAAGCGAAGUUACGAUGAUCCAGAGAGGGACGAAGACGAAACCGACUCCAAAAAUCCUCUCGACGUAAAACACUCCCUACUUCAUCUUCUGAUCAGCGAAUCAUUGAUCUACAAAAGAACAAACGGCCAAUUCACCGUCAUCCGAUCCGACUUCAAAUGGUUCGGUCCCUCGCUUUCGCAUACUACCAUUCUCACGGUUCUUGCCUACUUCGGAGUGCCUCAGACCUGGCUCGACUUCUUCAAGAUGUUUCUCGAGGCCCCUAUGAAAUUCGUCCACGAUGGAUCCAGUGCCGAGGUGCGGGUCCGCAAAAGAGGCGUCCCGAUGAGCCAUGGGCUUUCGGAUUGCUUUAGCGAGGCUGUUCUCUUCUGCAUGGACUAUGCCGUAAACCAGAGAACUGAAGGGGCCUACCUCUACCGCCUUCACGAUGACUUUUGGUUCUGGGGCCGCGAAGAGACUUGCGUCAACGCCUGGGCGGCGAUGAGCGAGUUUACAAAGGUUAUGGGUCUGAAAUUCAACGAAGAGAAGACCGGGACUGCAUGCAUGCAUGCAGAUGCAACCCCUCAUCAGGGAUCCGAGGCGUCAAGCGUCGCCGCCCGUCUCCCGAAAGGCGACAUCCGCUGGGGGUUCCUGAAGCUGGACUCUAAACUGGGUCAUUUCAUCAUCGACCAGGACGAGGUCGAUGCCCAUAUCGCCGAGCUCAAGCUCCAGCUCUCUUCCUGCCACAGUGUCUUCUCCUGGGUCCAGGCGUGGAACACUUAUUUCGGACGGUUCUUUUCCAACAACUUCGCCAAGCCCGCGAUGUGCUUUGGCCGACGCCAUAUCGACAUGGCGAUUGAAACCCUCAGCCGGGUCGAGCGAGCUGUCUUCUUCGACGCAAACGAAACGGACAGUGGCUGUACUGCUACCACUACUGCCGGGGUGACAGAAUACCUCCGCAAGGUAAUCCGCGAACGAUUCCACAUGGACGACCUGCCCGAGGGCUUCUUCUACUUCCCCGUCGAGCUGGGCGGACUGGAAGUGGUGAACCCGGUGAUCCCUCUGCUCGGGAUGCGGGAGGAUAUCAAGCAAACUCCCGAACGGCGUCUAGAGAAGGCCUUCCUGCAAGACGAAGCUCAAUACCAUGCUGCCAAGGAGCGGUUCGAGAAGCAAGGGUCCAAGCACGACGUGCGGCCCGAAUCCAUCUCCGACGACGACGAUCUGGCCCAUUUCUUCUCGCUGGAAGAGUACAUGCGGUAUCCCGAGUCGCGCAGCGACGCCCUGCUCGACGCAUACACGGAUCUGAACAGCGUGCCCGAUUUGAACGCCAUCAACCAGACGGCCGCGCUUCAGAGAAGCAUGACGGGGCUCGCCGGAGCCAGACGCGGCCAGAAACCCACCAAUGUCAUCUCCGCCGACUGGCAUCAUAUGUCGCCCUACUGGCGCUGGGUGGGGGAGCUGUACCAGGACGACAUGGUGCGGCGGUACGGCAGUUUGGCCGCCGUCGAGAGGGAGUUUAUGCCCUUGGGGGUAGUCAAGACUUUGAAGGAGGGCCGCUUGAGGUGGCAGGGUUAGCAUUAUGAUGUCGCAUCAUUUGUAAAGUAAAAUAGAACAACAAAAAGAUAUUUCAUCAAACGAUUCAAAAAGAUGUUCUUAAGAUAUUCUUCUUAUAUGACA